GCACCCUUUAAAAUGAUGGACAGUCUCGAGACACCCUUUAAAAUGAUGGACAGUCCCGAGGCACCCUUUAAAAUUAUGGACAGUUCCGAGGCACCCUUUAAAAUUAUGGACAGUUCCGAGGCACCCUUUAAAAUUAUGGAUAGUUCCGAGGCACCCUUUAAAAUUAUGAACAGUCCUGAGGCACCCUUUUAAAAUUAUGGACAGUCCUGAGGCACACUUUAAAAUGAUGGACAGUCCCGAGGCACCCUUUAAAAUGAUGGACAGUUCCGAGGCACCCUUUAAAAUGAUGGACAGUCCUGAGACACCCUUUAAAAUUACGGACAGUCCCGAGGCACCCUUUAAAAUUACAGACAGUCCCGAGGCACCCUUUAAAAUUAUGGACAGUUCUGAGGCACCCCAUUCUAAAAUGUGA